UCAGACCUCUGGUGGAGGUUCUUUGGGGCACCUUCCCUUUGAGCAGGGCCAACAGACACAAGGGGUGCCAUGUGGCCCAGUUACCAAGAUGAGCAGGAGUUCAACGCCCACCUGGUUUGCCGCAUGUGCUGUAUGGAUGAACGGGACCGUGUUCAGAAGAAGACGUUCACCAAGUGGGUCAAUAAGCACUUGAUGAAGGUCCGCAAGCACAUCAAUGAUCUUUAUGAAGAUCUUUGGGAUGGGCAUAACUUGAUCUCGCUGCUGGAGGUCCUCUCAGGCAUCAAACUGCCUCGGGAGAAGGGCAGGAUGUGUUUCCAUAGGCUACAGAAUGUGCAGAUUGCUCUGGACUUCCUAAAGCAGAGACAGGUGAAGCUAGUGAAUAUUCGCAAUGAUGACAUCACAGAUGGCAACCCCAAGCUGACGCUGGGUCUGAUCCGGACCAUUAUUUUGCACUUCCAGAUCUCUGACAUCUACAUUAGUGGAGAGUCAGGGGACAUGUCAGCUAAGGAGAAGCUGCUGCUGUGGACCCAGAAGGUGACAGCUGGUUACACAGGAAUCAAAUGCACCAACUUCUCCUCUUGCUGGAGCGAUGGGAAGAUGUUCAAUGCACUUAUUCACCGAUACAGACCUGAUCUGGUAGAUAUGGAGAGGGUACUGAUUCAGAGUAACCGAGAAAAUCUGGAACAAGCUUUUGAAGUGGCAGAAAGAUUAGGAGUCACCCGAUUACUUGAUGCAGAAGAUGUGGAUGUGCCAUCUCCAGACGAAAAGUCUGUAAUCACUUACGUGUCUUCUAUUUAUGAUGCCUUCCCUAAAGUCCCUGAGGGUAGAGAAGGAAUCAGUGCUACGGAAGUAGACUCCAGGUGGCAAGAAUACCAAAGCCGAGUGGACUCCCUCAUUCCCUGGAUCAAACAGCAUACAAUACUGAUGUCAGAUAUAUCUUUCCCCCAGAACCCUGUUGAACUAAAGGCACUUUAUAACCAGUAUAUACACUUCAAGGAAACUGAAAUCCUGGCCAAGGAGAGAGAAAAAGGAAGAAUUGAAGAAUUAUAUAAAUUAUUAGAGGUGUGGAUUGAAUUUGGCCGGAUUAAACUGCCUCAAGGUUAUCACCUUAAUGAUGUGGAAGAAGAAUGGGGAAAGCACAUCAUUGAGAUGCUAGAGCGAGAAAAAUCACUUCAACCAGCUGUAGAAAGGCUGGAAUUGCUGCUACAAAUUGCAAACAAAAUCCAGAAUGGUGCUUUGAACUGUGAAGAAAAACUGACACUAGCUAAGAAUACUCUGCAGGCUGAUGCUGCUCACCUGGAAUCAGGACAGCCGGUGCAGUGCGAGUCAGAUGUCAUCAUGUACAUUCAGGAAUGUGAAGGUCUUAUCCGACAGCUGCAGGUGGAUCUCCAGAUCCUAUGGGAUGAGAAUUAUUACCAACUAGAAGAGCUGGCUUUUAGGGUUAUGCGCCUGCAGGAUGAGCUAGUGACCUUGCGCCUAGAAUGCACAAAUUUGUACCGGAAAGGCCAUUUUACUUCACUUGACUUGGUUCCACCCUCUACUUUGACCACUACUCAAGUGAAGGCAGAGCCUUUGACCAAGGGAACCCACUCUUCCUCUACCUCCUGGUUUCGAAAGCCCAUGACUCAGGCUGAACUUGUGUCCAUCUCCUCCUCUGAAGAUGAAGGCAAUCUACGAUUUGUAUAUGAACUGCUAUCUUGGGUAGAAGAAAUGCAAAUGAAGCUAGAGCGGGCAGAGUGGGGCAAUGACCUGCCUAGUGUGGAGUUGCAGCUAGAAACACAGCAACAUAUCCACAGCAGCGUGGAAGAACUGGGCUCCAGCAUCAAGGAGGCCAGGCUGUAUGAGGGGAAAAUGUCCCAGAAUUUUCAUACCAGUUAUGUUGAAACUCUCGGGAAGCUGGAGACCCAGUAUUGUAAACUGAAGGAAACUUCUAGCUUUCGGAUGAGGCACCUUCAAAGCCUGCAUAAAUUUGUUUCCAGAGCUACAACUGAGUUGAUUUGGUUGAAUGAGAAAGAGGAGGAAGAACUGGCAUAUGAUUGGAGUGACAACAAUCCCAAUAUCUCAGCCAAGAAAAAUUACUUCUCUGAGUUAACAAUGGAACUGGAGGAAAAACAGGAUGUGUUUCGGUCUCUACAAGACACAGCAGAACUUCUGUCACUUGAGAACCAUCCAGCCAAGCAGACUGUGGAGGCUUACAGUGCUGCUGUCCAGUCCCAACUGCAAUGGAUGAAGCAGCUAUGUUUAUGUGUUAAACAACAUGUGAAAGAGAAUACUGCUUAUUUUCAGUUCUUCAGUGAUGCACGAGACCUGGAGUCAUUCCUGAGAAGCCUCCAAGACUCCAUCAAACGAAAAUACUCCUGUGACCACAACACCAGCUUAUCCCGCCUUGAGGACCUGCUGCAGGACUCCAUGGAUGAAAAGGAGCAACUUAUACAGUCCAAGAGUUCCGUGGCCAGUCUUGUUGGGAGAUCAAAAACUGUUGUUCAGCUAAAGCCACGAAGUCCUGACCAUGUGUUAAAGAGCACCAUUUCUGUGAAGGCUAUCUGUGACUAUCGGCAGAUUGAGAUCACCAUUUGCAAGAAUGAUGAGUGUGUGUUGGAAGAUAAUUCUCAAAGGACAAAAUGGAAGGUGAUCAGCCCCACAGGGAAUGAGGCAAUGGUGCCAUCAGUCUGCUUCCUCAUCCCCUCACCUAAUAAAGAUGCCAUUGAGAUGGCCAACAGAGUGGAGCAGUCUUAUCAGAAGGUGAUGGCUCUUUGGCAUCAGCUACACAUUAACACCAAAAGCCUUAUCUCCUGGAACUACCUGAGGAAGGACCUUGACCAGAUAAAGACCUGGAAUUUGGAGAAGCUUCGAUCCUUAGCACCAGAGGAAUGUCACCAGGCUAUGCAGAACCUCCAGGGCCACUAUGAAGACUUUCUGCAGGAUAGCCGUGACUCUGUACUCUUCUCAGUGAGUGAUCGCUUACGCUUGGAAGAGGAGGUGGAGGCGUGUAAAACCCACUUCCAGCAUCUGAUGAAGUCCAUGGAGAAUGAAGAUAAGGAGGAAACUGUGGCCAAAAUGUACAUUUCAGAGCUGAAGAAUAUCAGGCUGCGCCUGGAGGAAUGUGAACAGUGACUGGUCAAACGGAUUCAGUCUGCAGCCAGUUCUAGAACUGACAAAGAUGCUCGACAAGACAGUGCAUUAAGAAUUGCAGAGCAAGAGCAUACCCAGGAAGAUUUGCAACAGCUGAGGUCAGAGUUUGAUGCUGUUUCUAUGAAAUGCAACAACUUUCUCCAUCAGUCCCCUUCUAGUUCAAGUGCCUCAACUCUGCGCUCAGAACUAAAUCUGCUGGUGGAGAAAAUGGACCAUGUUUACAGUCUUUCUACUGUCUACCUGAAUAAGCUAAAAACAGUUGAUGUCAUAGUGCGUAGCAUCCAAGAUGCUGAACUUCUGGUCAAAGGUUAUGAAAUCAAGCUGAGUCAGGAGGAAGCAGUUCCAGCAGAUCUCUCAGCUUUGGAGUCCCAUAGAUCUACACUACGGCACUGGCUUAGUGAUGUGAAGGACAAAAAUUCAGUGUUUUCAGUCCUGGAUGAGGAAAUUGCCAAAGCGAAGGUAGUGGCAGAGCAACUGAGCUGUCUGACCCCAGAGCGGAGCCUGGAUUUGGAGCGGUGUCAGGAGAAAGGCUGUCAGCUGCAGGAGCGUUGGCACUGGGUUGUUGCCCAGCUGGAGACUCGCCAAUCUGAACUAGAAAGUAUCCAGGAAGUUCUGGGAGAUUACCGAGCCUGUCAUGGAAAUCUCAUCAAGUGGAUUGAGGAGACUACUGCCCAGCAGGAAACGAUGAAGCCAGGCCAGGCAGAGGAUAGCAAAGUGCUUUCAGAGCAGCUCAGUCAGCAGACGGAACUGUUUGCAGAAAUUGAGAGAAAUCAGACAAAACUGGACCAGUGUCAAAAGUUUUCCCAGCAAUACUCCACUAUUGUCAAGGACUAUGAAUUACAACUGAUGACAUACAAGGCCUUUGUAGAAUCACAACAAAAAUCCCCUGGCAAGCGUCGUCGCAUGCUUUCCUCAUCUGAUGCCAUCACACAGGAGUUCAUGGACCUAAGGACUCGCUACACAGCACUGGUGACCUUAACAACUCAGCAUGUGAAAUAUAUUAGUGAUGCACUCCGGCGGCUAGAGGAGGAAGAGAAAGUGGUAGAAGAAAAGCAAGAACAUGUGGAGAAGGUUAAAGAACUUCUGGGCUGGGCGUCUGCUGUAGCGAGGAAUACACAGAGUGAAGCUACCUCAUCCCAGCCCAAAGAAUCCACAGAUAUUGAAAAAGCCAUUUUAGAACAGCAGGUUUUGGCAGAGGAGCUGACAGCCAAGAGAGAACAAGUUUCAGAAGCCAUUAAAACAUCACAGAUCUUCUUAGCCAAGCAUGGUCAUAAGCUCUCAGGAAAAGAGAAGGCACAGAUAACUGAGCAGCUAGAUGCCCUGAAUAAGACUUACCAUGACCUUUGUGAUGGCUCAGCAAACCAGAUUCAGCAACUUCAGAGCCAGUUGGCCCAGCAGACAGAGCAAAAGACCCUGCAGAAACAACAAGAUAUCUGCCACCAGAAGCUGGAGGAUCUUUGCAGCUGGGUAGGACAAGCGGAAAGAGCAUUGGUGAGCCACCAAGAUAGAGCCAAUAAGCAGGGUCUCUCUGCUUUGCAGAAGAACCAAAGCGACUUAAAGGAUUUACAGGAUGACAUUCAGAGCCAUGCCACCUCGUUUGCCAGUGUUGUAAAAGAGAUUGAAGGGUUCUUAGAAGAGAACCAGACCAAACUGAGCCCCCAUGAGUUGACAGCUCGACGGGAAAAACUUCAUCAGGCUAAAGAGCAAUAUAAGGCUCUCCAGGAACAGACCCGGGUCACCCAGAAGGAACUGGAAGAAGUAGUGACCUCAGCCUUGCAGCAGGAGACUGAAAAGAGUAAAGCAGCAAAGGAACUGGCAGAGAACAGGAGUAAGAUUGAUGCUCUCUUGGAUUGGGUAGCUUCAGUGGAGUCGUCUGGUGGACAGAUGGAGCCAUUGUCAGGAGCUAGCUCACAGAAAGACACUUUGGAUGUGACUGAUGGUCAUAAGGGGGUGGACCCAGCCCCAGAAGAAUUGGACAAGCAGUGUGAGAAGAUGAAGGCCCGUCAUCAAGAAUUGCUGUCUCAGCAGCAAAAUUUCAUUCUGGCCACCCAAUCAGCUCAGGCCUUCCUGGACCAGCAUGGUCACAAUCUCACACCUGAGGAACGACAGGUGCUGCAAGAGAAGCUGGGGAACCUAAAGGAACAAUAUGCAUCAUCCCUGACCCAGUCAGAGGUAGAGCUGAAGCAGGUACAGACUCUAUGGGAUGAGCUGCAGAAGUUUCUGCAGGAUCAUAAAGAGUUUGAGACUUGGCUGGAGCGGUCUGAGAAAGAGCUGGAGAACAUGCACAGAGGAAGCAGCAGCCCUGAAGCCCUUCCCUCCCUGCUAAAGCGGCAGGGGAGCUUCUCAGAAGAUGUGAUUUCCCACAAAGGAGACUUGAGGUUUGUGACUAUCUCGGGACAGAAAGCUUUGGACUCAGUAAACAGCUUUGAAGAAGGCAGACAAUCGUCAGUAACUGGAACCUUAGUGAAAGAAAAACUGAAGGAUGCAACAGAAAGAUACACUGCACUCCAUUCAAAGUGUACACGAUUGGGCUCUCACCUGAACAUAUUGCUAGGCCAGUAGCAACAGUUCCAGAGCAGUGCUGAUAGCCUGCAGGCCUGGAUGCAGGCGUGUGAGGCCAAUAUAAAGAAGCUCCUCUCAGACACUGUUUCCUCUGAUCCAGUGGUCCUGCAACAGCAACUUGCAACAACAAAGCAGUUGCAGGAAGAAUUGGCUGAGCACCAAGUACCUGUAGAGAAGCUUCAAAAAGUAGCUUGUGACCUCAUAGAAAUUGAAGGGGAGCCUGCCCCAGACCGCAAGCAUGUUCAAGAAACAGCAGACUCCAUACUCAGCCAUUUUCAGAGCCUCUCCAGUAGCCUGGCAGAGCGCUCUGCUGUGCUGCAGAAAGCAAUCGCUCAAUCUCAGAGUGUCCAGGAAAGCCUGGAGAGCUUAUUACAGUCCAUCGGGGAAGUUGAGAAAAACCUGCAAGAUCAGCAAGUGGCAUCACUGUCAUCAGGAGUCAUCCAAGAAGCCUUGGCCACCAACAUGAAAUUGAAGCAGGACAUUGCUCGACAAAAAAGCAGCUUGGAAGCCACAAGAGAGAUGGUGACCCGGUUCAUGGAGACCGCAGAUAGCUCCACAGCAGCAGUGCUACAGGGCAAACUGGCAGAGGUGAAUCAACGCUUUGAGCAGAUCUGUCUACAGCAGCAAGAAAAGGAGAGCUCCCUGAAGAAACUUUUGCCCCAGGCAGAGAUGUUUGAACACCUCUCUGAUAAGCUGCAGCAGUUUGUGGAAAACAGAAGUCGAAUGCUAGCUUCUGGAAACCAGCCAGAUCAAGAUAUUGCCCAUUUCUUCCAACAGAUCCAGGAGCUCAAUUUGGAAAUGGAAGAUCAAAAGGAGAACCUUGAUACUCUUGAGCACCUGGUCACUGAACUGAGCUCCUGUGGCUUUGCACUAGACCUGUCCCAGCACCAGGUCUGGGUCCAGAACCUCAGAAAGGAAUUCACAGAUCUACAGAAGACAGUUAAAGAAAGAGAGAAAGAUGCAUCAUUUUGCCAGGAGCAAUUGGAUGAAUUCCGGAAGCUGGUUAGGACCUUCCAAAAAUGGCUGAAGGAAACUGAAGGGAACAUUCCUCACACAGAGGCUUUCAUGAACACAAAAGAGUUAGAAAAACAGAUUGAACAGCUGAAGGGUCUUCUAGAUGACUGGACAAGUAAGGGAACUUUUGUGGAAGAAAUCAAUUGCAAAGGCACUUCUUUGGAAAAUCUUAUCAUGGACAUCACAGCACCUGACUCCCAAGCCAAGCCAGGUUCCAUACUGCCCUCUGUAGGAAGCUCUGUAGGCAGUGUAAACGGAUACCACACCUGCAAAGAUCUGACGGAGAUCCAGUGUGACAUGUCAGAUGUAAACCUGAAAUAUGAGAAACUAGGGGGAGUACUCUGGGAACGCCAGGAGAGCCUUCAGGCUAUCCUCAGCGAAGUUCAGAAGGAGGCAAAUUCUGUGCUGCAGUGGCUGGAAUCAAAAGAGGAAGUACUGAAAGCCAUGGAUACCACUUCAUCUCCAACCAAGACAGAAACAGUGAAAGCCCAAGCUGAGUCUAACAAGGCAUUCCUAGCUGAAUUGGAGCAGAAUUCUCCAAAAAUAAAAAAAGUAAAGGAAGCCCUGGCUGGAUUACUGAGGACAUACCCCGAUUCACAAGAAGCAGAAAACUGGCAGAAAAUGCAAGAUGAACUCAAUUCCUGAUGGGAAAAGGCCACCGAGGUGACUAUGG